AUGCGUUUCUCCAUCGUCGCCACUCUCCUCGUCGCUGGCGCUGCCAACGCGCAGAUCGCCUCCCUCGCCUCGUCCCUCCGUGGUGAUGUCUCCUCCAUUGUCGGUGGCGGCUCUUCAGCCAUUGCCUCGCUCACCUCUGCCAUCGGCUCCGUCGCUUCAUCCGCCACUGGCUCUGCUGGUUCCGACCUUGCCUCGAGGGCUUCCUCCGUCGACGCUGGCGCUUCCUCUGCCAUCGCCAGCUUGACCAGCGUCGCUGCCAGCGCUACCGGAUCCCGCGCCGCCGAGGCCUCCUCGCUUGCGAGCUCCCUCAAGUCUCAGGCCAGCUCUCUUAAGAGUGCUGCAAGCUCCGCUGCUUCCUCUGCCUCGGCGGGUGCUGCUGCCCCUACUGGCCUCCCUGCCAUGGGUGCUGUUGCCGGUGGUCUUCUCGCCGUUGCUGGUCUCCUAUAA